AGCAAGAAAAAGGAAAGCAAUGUCCCAUGGCCAGCAUCAGAUGUAAGAAACUAAGAAUGGGACCCAAUGAAGUCAAGUGCCUAAUUCCUAAGAAAACAGUUAAGUCUGCUGUGUGGAUAAUCCUCCUUGUUUUCACAAACAUCAUCUACCCUUGCAAUGGUCUCCGUUGCUGGAAGUGUAUUUCAGAGAAUUGCCACCAACUUGAUCCUAAUGCUGAAGCUAUGACAGUGGUUUGUAAAAAGGGACAGUCAUGCUUGAAAGUUAUCUAUCAGCUUGGAAGACUUUUCCCUCGGUACAAGUCAAUUGUUAGGUCAUGCUCGGCUGGAAUCUGCACUUCACACACCACAGAAGAAUUUCAUAACUGCUCAUCUAAUCCACGCAAAUAUAAUGUUACUGGUUGUUUCCUCCGCACCUGUUGUGAUGACAAAGACUUUUGCAAUGACAGCAGUAUUGUCAACGGUUAUCUGGGGAUCUAUAUAGGAAUAGUGUUGUCUCUUUCUUUCUCAUUGUUCUGGUUAUAUUAGCUCUAGAAUAACAUAGGAUAAUUAGUCUAAAAUGACUAGUUAACACCACAUCUAUGCCUUGAGCCAACUUUUGUGAGAUUCAUGACAUUGCAAGCAUUAUGGAUAUGACCCCUCCCUCUGCUCACAUUUCAAAUGUAGACAUUGGCUUACAGAUAUGAAGGCCAGGCAUUAACUAAAUCGAGUUCACUAAUCUAAGUGGGUCUUCAAAGAUCAUGGACAAUGUUCCUCCUUCCAUGGCUAAUUUAUUAAAAAAUUUACUCAUACAUACAUGUAUGCAUACAUACAUGCAUGUAUGCAUGUGAACAUACAUACGUACACAUAUACAAACACACACACACACACACAGGUGUAUGUAUAUUGAGUUGAUGUGUAAGCAUCAUAAAAUACACUCACUGUAAGAGUUCAAUUAACAAAUUGCUUAUUCUCAUACAUUAUUACAAUGCAAUAAACAUUGAUGGAAUACACUUGCAUGCAUGCACAGAGAAUCAACUAAAAGAAUAUUUAAUAACAACAUUUUUAGAAUAGAUUCUCUCUCUCUCUCUCUCUCUCUAUAUAUAUAUAUAAUAUAUAUAUAUAUAUAUGUUG